UUGCCUUGCCCUGUGAUUCUUCCUCUCUCUUCUUCUCCUUCUUCAUCUGUUUCCUUCCCUCUCCUUCUUCUUCCUGCGUCCUGCGUCACUAACUUUCUAGGGUUGGCCACUCCGGGCGUCCGUAGAGGCUGCGGAGGCGGCAGCAAUGCAUCUUUAUAGCCUGACACUCCAGCGGGCGACGGGCGUGGUGUGCGCCAUCAAUGGGAGCUUCGUCGGCGGUGAGACCCAGGAGAUCGUAGUGGCCCGGGGCAAGACCCUGGAGCUCCUCCGCCUCGACGACGCCGGCAAGAUCCAGACCCUCCACUCCGUCGACGUCUUUGGCGCCAUCCGCUCCCUCGCGCAGUUCCGCCUCACCGGCUCCCAGAAGGACUAUGUCGUCGUCGGCUCCGACUCCGGCCGCAUCGUCAUCCUCGAGUACAGCAAGGAGAAGAACUCCUUCGACAAGAUCCACCUCGAGAACUUCGGCAAGUCCGGCUGCCGUCGCAUCGUCCCCGGCCAGUACCUCGCCGUCGACCCCAGGGGCCGCGCCGUCAUGAUCGCGGCCUGCGAGAAGCAGAAGCUCGUCUACGUCCUCAACCGCGGCACCGCCGCUCGCCUCACCAUCUCCUCCCCCCUCGAGGCCCACAAGUCCCACAUCAUCACCUAUUCGAUUGCCGGCGUCGACUGCGGCUUCGACAGCCCUGUCUUCGCCGCCAUCGAGGUUGACUACUCCGAUGUCGACCAGGAUUCCACCGGCCAGGCUGCCGCCGAAGCCCAGAAGCACUUGACCUUCUACGAGCUCGAGCUUGGCCUCAACCGAGUCUCUCGGAAGUGGACUGAGCCCAUUGACAACGGCGCCAACCUCCUUGUCACUGUCCCUGGCGGUGGUGAUGGCCCCAGCGGCGUCCUUGUCUGCGCCGAGAACUUUAUCAUCUACAAGAAGCAGGGCCACCCCGAUGUCCACGCUGUUAUCCCCCGACGGGCCGACCUCCCUGCUGAGCGUGGUGUCCUGAUUGUCUCAGCAGCCCUCCACCGCCGGAAGUCCAUGUUCUUCUUUCUCCUCCAGACCGAGUACGGGGACAUCUUCAAGGUCACUCUCGACCAUGAGGGUGACCGGGUCACAGGUCUCAAGAUCAAAUACUUUGACACCAUCCCAGUCACCUCUGCCAUGUGUGUCCUCAAAGCGGGGUUCCUUUUUGCUGCAUCAGAGUUUGGGAACCACGCGCUGUACCAGUUCCAGGCCAUUGGAGACGGGAAUGAUGUGGAGGCUUCAUCUGCUACGCUGAUGGAGACUGAGGAGGGCUUCCAGCCAGUGUUCUUCCAUCCCCGGGGACUGAAGAAUUUGGUGAGGAUCGACCACCUCCAGAGCCUCAUGCCCAUCAUGGACAUGAAGGUGAUGAACCUAUUCGAGGAGGAGACUCCCCAGAUAUUCACUCUCUGUGGCAGGGGGCCGCGCUCAUCUCUUAGAAUCCUGAGGCCUGGGUUGGCAGUCAGUGAGAAGGCCGUGUUGCAGCUUCCAGGUGUGCCACAUGCAGUAUGGACAGUGAAGAAGAAUGUGGAUGAUGAGUUUGAUGCUUACAUUGUUGUGUCCUUCGCAAAUGCAACUCUGGUGCUUUCUACUGCUGGUGAGACUGUCAAUAUAGUCAGCGAUGGUGGGUUCCUUGACACCACCCGUUCACUGAAAGUCUCGUUGCUUGGUGAUGAUUCUCUGAUGCAGGUACAUCCCAAUGGAAUCAGGCACAUCAGGGAGAAUGGGCGUAUCGAUGAGUGGAAGACGCCUGGGAAGAAGACCAUCGUGAAGGUCGGCUCAAAUCGGCUUCAGGUUGUGAUUGCUCUGAGUGGAGGAGAGCUUAUAUACUUUGGGUUGGAUAUGACAGGCCGGUUGAUGGAGAUGGAGAAGCAUGAGAUGUCUGGGGAUGUUGCUUGUCUGGACAUUGCACCAGUUCCUGAAGGCAGGCAGAGGUCCCGUUUCCUCGCAGUUGGUUCAUAUGAUAACACAAUUCGGAUUCUGUCAUUGGAUACUGAUGACCGUAUGCAGAUCUUGAGUGUCCAGAGUGUGUCAUCACCUCCUGAAUCCCUCAUGCUACUUGAAGUUCCGGCUUCUACUGGAGGAGAGGAUGGUGCCGAUCAUCCAGCCAGUGUCUUUCUCAAUGCUGGCUUGCAGAAUGGUGUUCUUUUCUGGACUGUUGUUGACAUGGUCACCGGUCAGCUAUCAGAUACCCAUUCACGAUUCUUGGGUCUGAGAGCCCCUAAGCUCUUUUCAGCUGUAGUGAGGGGCCAGCAGGCAAUGCUUUGCCUGUCUAGUCGACCCUGGCUCGGUUAUAUACAUCGGGGACACUUCUUGUUAACUCCUCUUUCAUAUGAAACACUUGAAUAUGCUGCAUCAUUUUCUUUUGAUUGGUGUGCUGAAGGUGUUGUCGUGAUUGCUGGAGAUGCUCUAAGGAUCUUCACUAUUGAACGGUUGGGAGAGACAUUUAAUGAAACUGUUAUUCCUUUAAGAUAUACUCCAAAAAAGUUUGUACUACAGCCCAAGCAAAAGAACCUAAUUAUCAUUGAAAGUGAUCAGGGAGCAUUCACUGCAGAAGAGCGAGAAGCUGGGAGGAAGGAAUGCUCAGAAGCAGCUAAAAUGGGUGAAAAUGGUGAUGCAAAUAAUGGGAAUCAGAUGGAGGAUGGUGGUGCUAUUGGUGAUAAAGAGGAUCCUCUUUCUGAUGAGCAAUAUGGUUACCCAAAGGCAGAGGCAGAUAGGUGGGUCUCUUGCAUCAGAGUUCUUGAUCCAAGAAUGGGAAGUACGACUUGUCUGUUGGAGCUGCAGGAUAAUGAGGCUGCUUUUAGUAUUUGUACUGUAAACUUCCACGAUAAUGAGUACAGGACUCUCCUGGCUGUUGGUACAGCAAAGGGAUUGCAGUUCUGGCCAAAGGGGACUCUUGCUGCUGGAUUCAUUCACAUAUACAGGUUUGUGGAUGAAGGGAAAACUCUUGAGCUUGUACAUAAAACACAAGUAGAAGGAGUUCCUCUUGCAUUAUGCCAGUUUCAAGGGAGACUACUUGCUGGGAUUGGACCGGUACUCAGAUUGUAUGAUCUGGGUAAGAGGAGAUUGCUGAGGAAGUGUGAGAACAAGCUGUUCCCCAAUACAAUUGUCUCCAUUCAUACAUACCAUGAUAGAAUUUAUGUUGGAGACAUCCAAGAGUCAUUCCAAUAUUGCAAGUACAGACGAGAUGAAAACCAACUGUAUAUAUUCUCAGAUGAUUGUGUUCCCAGGUGGCUUACUGCAUCACACCAAAUAGAUUUUGAUACCAUGGCAGGGGCAGACAAGUUUGGGAAUGUUUACUUUGUCCGACUGCCACAAGAUGUAUCAGAUGAUAUUGAAGAAGAUCCAACAGGGGGCAGGAUAAAGUGGGAGCAGGGAAAGUUAAGUGGUGCUCCCAACAAAGUGGAGGAGAUUGUGCAGUUUCACAUAGGUGAUGUCGUCACAUGCUUGCAGAAAGCCUCACUGAUACCUGGAGGGGGCGAGUGCCUCAUAUAUGGAACUGUCAUGGGCAGUUUAGGGACAUUUCUUGCAUUCACCUCCAGCGAAGAUGUUGAUUUCUUCUCUCAUCUAGAAAUGCACAUGAGGCAAGAACAUCCACCAUUGUGCGGUAGGGAUCACAUGGCUUUCAGAUCUGCUUAUUUCCCGGUCAAGGGCAUAAUUGAUGGCGAUCUCUGCGAACAAUUCCCAACCCUUCCUCCUGAUUUACAGAGGAAGAUUGCUGAUGAGCUGGAUAGGACCCCACGAGAAAUACUGAAGAAACUAGAAGAAUUCAGAAAUAAAAUCAUUUGAGGCUGCAAGAAUGACUGUAGCAGAAGCUGUCCCAAUGAAUGGUGUGCUUCAUUGCAGUGGUAUUAAAUGCAUCAGUUAAUCUGGUGCUUUACAUCCAUCAAUGAGGUUGGUAGCUGGAUUUGAUUUUGGAGCUAGUUACCUGUGAGAUGAAAAAUUGAAGCUUUUAAUCUGCAUCUAAGGACGUGCUUCUGCAGGGGGGGAUAGAAUUUUGUGGAUGACAUAUUUUAAAGACGCAACUAUGUUUACAGUUACUGAUAAUUGGUAACCCUAACCUCAAUAGUUUUGGAAUUGAUUCUAUAUAAUCGUCAAUUCUAUGGUA